CUCGUCGCUAGCGUGACGGACCUCCGCAGAUGCGCUCCGCACGCUUGAUCUAUUCCAUUCUUUGCUCUUCUCUGGUCCACAGCAGCUCAUUGCCCGCUCAGCGCCAGCAUACUACACGACAAGCGACAUCUCUGAUCAAUUCGGAGAAAAGCCUGGUAGGCGCACCUGGCCCUGUUCCAUUUUUCGAUCGUCAGCGCUAUACAAUCGGAGUCUGGUACGAUGCGACGUGCCGACCGAGCACCAUACUGCCGUUCAAACUGCAAAGGUCACCCGCUAAUCCUUAUAUCAGCAAAUUGGUUGUGUUUCGCAACCGAGGCCAACAAGACUGGAAUGCAGAGGAACUUGUUCCCCAUGAGUUCCUGGGCACGUGGAAGGUCGUGGAGCGCUCGACCAGCGGCGUGGUCAUCGUCAUCAGAGUCGAGCUCAGAGAUUACAGCACCGCGCAGCUCACGCGAUGGUUCAGCUGUUGCUCGGCUGCUCUGCAGCUGAAGCUGUACAUCAAUGCCAUUCACGAAGAGGUAGAGCUCCUCGACAGCUCUCUUGAGGUGUACUGUCUGCCCGAUCCCAAGGCAAAAGUUCAGGUGGCAAACUGUGACCUCGCGGCACUUCGGUACCCGAAAGACGUCACUAGCUGUGAUCUGCUACCUCAAUUCGGCUAUACGAUGCCCGCAGGCCAUGACGCUUCGAGAUACUGGCUUUAUCAAGUGGAUGUGACUGCUUCAUGCGCCGCACGCAAAGGGUCAGCUGUGCCUAUUGAGGUCGAAUCGCAAAGACCUAGCCCGAUCGAUGGAAGCGACAAUAUACCCAUACAGUUUGGUGUCCACGUAAGACCCACGGAACACUACGGCAAGGACACUUGGUCCAUCGAAAUGACCGAGAGCCCAGAGGGUCUCGUUACGACGCUCCUCCAGACGGGCUCGACUCGUGAAGGUCCAUCGGCGCAGCUCUUUGGCAGAUUCCUCUUUUUCAAGCCUUAUCAAGAGGAUAUCGAUCGAUGGGCACGAUGUUGCAAGGUUACAGUCAGUAUAAAGUUGUUCGUGCUCGCAGUUUCGGUAGGUAUAGCAAAGCCAAAGAUAGCUAUCUGAUUCGUAACGCAGGGUCAUGUGACGGUCACAUCCAACGAGAUCAAGAUAUACUGCUGGCCGAGCAAGUACGGCGGCGCCGCAGAAUAUUGUCAUCCGGCAGAAAGAUCCGCAUUCCGAGGUAAUCCCGACAUACCGCUUGCAUUCUGUCGUGGCGCCAGUUUACACAUUCAAUCUCGCAGAGCAAACACGCUGCAGGACGGAUUACAUUGCUUUGAAGCAGAUAGAGGAGGCACUCAGUACUAGCUAGAUAGAGCUACGCUUUGCAGGCUUCGAAGCUACAGCGUGUGCUGAAACAAGCUGCAUGCAUCAGCUUGUCGCACUAGCCGCGUCUUCGGAUACAAGUUGAACGUCACUCUCGCACAAGGUAUGUGCUGGGAGCAAGAGUAAGCAAGCACACACAUCAUCCCUGAGGAACGUACGCUUCAUUCGGAGCUCAGAAAUAGCGCUAGCAGGACAGUUCGGCAG